GCCAGAAAGUGUUGGUCGAAUCGCCAAGGCGAACGCGUUUCUGCUGAGACGGAUGCAGCUGCAGACUGAAGCUGCUGUGCGAGGUACAGACGAGGAUGCAUCAGUAUCGAGACUCUCAGCAGUCUCGCUCGGCUACUAUGACGAUCCUUUCGCGAGCAUGUUCCUCAAGCCCUCACAAGCAUCACGGCGUCCCCCUCUGAUCAACAUCGGCACGACGCUUCGUACGAGAGCAAUAGACCAGCUCGUCGGCAAGUUCCUCGACCUGCCGCGCGUCAGAGGCAAAGGAGCUCAAGUCGUCUCGCUCGGCGCUGGCAGCGAUACUCGCUUCUUCAGGCUGGCGAACAACUUGAUCAGAGCAGAUCAGACUGGCCAAGCCUCGACGGUGCUCCCUACGUGGGUGGAGAUCGACUUUGUCGAGUCAACGACGCGAAAAGCGAUGACCGUAUGGAAGCGUCGAAACGACUUGCUUGCAUCCGACGCCGGCUCUGCUAGCAUCACGCACGGUGGUAGCGGACUUGCUUCGACGCACUACUGCCUGUUGCCGGGUGACUUGCGACAAUGGACGGCCACCGUCACAUCGAAACUCAGCAUGCUCGACACUUCAGCUCCCACGCUGAUUCUAGCAGAAUGUGCACUGGUCUAUCUCGACGCAGCAUGCACGCGUGAGCUCAUGCAAUGGUUCAACAAGACUUUCGAGACUUUGCAUGCUGCCAUCUAUGAUCCGUUGAACUUGCAAGACGCUUUCAGUCGCGUGAUGCUGUCCAAUCUCUCUGCCCGAGGUAUUGCGAUGCCAGGCUUAGCAGAGCACUCCGAUCCAGGUCUGCUGCGGCGACAGCUGCUCGGUCAUGGCUUCACUCGCAGCGACGCCAUUUCGCUCAAGACGUAUCGCAAGAAGCAUCUUGAUCAUGGCGAGAUGAUUCGCUUGUCGCAGGUAGAGCGACUGGAUGAGAUCGAAGAGCUCGACCUGCUGCUCGAUCAUUACGCGGUCGCCUGGGCGAGCAAAGCGGCGACUGGCGAGUCGCUCAGCUGGUCAAGUCCAGAUCGAGAUUGAAGACUACGUCGAGUCGUAUGUCUCUUCCCAGGCUGUCACGUCUCUUGCAGGGCCGCGCUGGCCUCCUUUGCCUUUCGGCUUCGAGUUUUUGAGGCCCUGCGCGACGAGCUGUCAGUGACAGGAUAUGCAAGAACGAGAGCAGGGCAGGCAGUACUUUGUAAUGCUCGCGCAUGGCAAGCUUGUCGACACCCGCCGUCAGCUGAUCGCUUUCCUCCGCCCAUUUGGCUUCUCGCUGCUCUUUCGGUGUCAGGU